AUGGAUAUCUUUGAAUUGAAGUAUGUGGCAAUGGCCAUUCGUAGAAAAGUUCCAUUACGAAGGCGUAUUCCCUCAGUUUUUAUUGAGAAACAACCACAACAGGAAGAAGAAAAGCAAGUAAAGAAAAAAUCAUCAUUAUGGAAAAUAAAGUUGGAAGAUUUAAUGAAUGACAACCAUGAGUGUGGGAAUUAUGAUGCUGACAACCUUUACUCUAAAGAUGAAGGCUAUUAUAGUGGUAGGAUAAAAAUAUUAAAAAGAAAUCAUCAUAAUGGCGACUUUCGUUAUGGAAUCGAUAAAGAUUUCAUCAAAAACGGUAAAAAAUCAGUUUCACAGUUAAUCCUAUAUUGGGAAAGUCGAAAUACGGAACUCUCGAUAUUUACUGUUUUGGCAUAUUUCAUAUCUUUUAAACUAAAUGCACUUUCUACAUUUCAAAGUUCAUUUCCUUAUAUUUCAAAGACCAAUAUACAAAGAUCACAUCCUGUUGCUGUGGUUGAUAGUGUAACUUUAAUGUUGUUAUUAUGUGAUGCAGUGAUUUGUUGUAGAGCGGAGAGUUUCUGUUCAAAAGCAAUAAUUUUACAUAAGACAAAAAUUAAAAUAUCACGUCACAUUGGCAAUUGGGGAUGGUGCAUGACAGGAAAAAAAAGUCUACAAGCAGCAAGACCAAGUGAUCAUAAAAUAGCGCAUGGUAGAUGCUAUUUUACACAAGCAUUGUUGGAUUCUCGUGCACAUCACUUUACAAAUCAUGGACUUUGUCAUUUUACAAUAUAUGCAUUUUUUUCAUCAUUUCCUGUUAAAGAUGGUGGGAAAAACUAG